AUGGCAUCUGGACCCAACAUGAUGGACCCCAUUUGUCUGGUGGAAAAUGACAAUGAGAUUCUGUCAGUGAACCAGAAAGCUCUACAUAUUCUUGAGAAGAUUUCUCAGCCAGUGGUGGUGGUGGCCAUUGUAGGACUGUAUCGUACAGGCAAAUCCUACUUGAUGAACCGCCUUGCAGGACAGAACCGUGGUUUCCCUCUGGGCUCCACAGUGCAGUCUGAAACCAAGGGCAUCUGGAUGUGGUGUGUGCCCCACCCCUCCAAGCCAAACCACACCCUGGUCCUUCUGGACACUGAGGGCUUGGGGGAUGUGGAAAAGGGUGACCCUAAGAAUGACUCGUGGAUCUUUGCCCUGGCUGUGCUUCUAUGUAGCACCUUUGUCUACAAUAGCACGAGCACCAUCAACCACCAGGCCCUGGAACAGCUGUACUAUGUGACAGAGCUCACAGAACUUAUCCAGGCCAAGUCCUCUCCAAGACCUGAUGGAGUAGAAGAUUCCACAGAGUUUGUGAGUUUCUUUCCAGACUUUAUCUGGGCUGUUCGGGAUUUCACCCUGGAGCUGAAGUUAAACAGUCACCCUAUCACAGAAGAUCAGUACCUGGAGAAUGCCUUGAAGCUGAUUCCAGGCAGGAAUCCCAAAGCCAGAACAUCCAAUCUACCCAGAGAGUGUAUCAGGCAUUUCUUUCCAACACGGAAGUGUUUUGUGUUUGACUGGCCAACAAAUAACAAAGAGCUCCUAUACAAUAUUGAGAAUGUGUCUGAAGACCAACUGGAUCCUAAAUUCCUGAGACAAACAAAGAAUUUCUGUUCUUACAUCUUCACCAAUGCAAAAGUCAAGACCCUCAAAGAGGGGAUCACAGUCACUGGGAAUCGACUGAGGACUCUGGUUGUGACCUAUGUGGAUACCAUCAAUACCGGAGCUGUACCCUGUUUGGAGAACGCAGUGACAACUCUGGCCCAGCUGGAGAACUCAGCAGCUGUGCAGAAGGCAGCUGACCACUACAGUGAGCAGAUGACCCAGCGACCGAGCCUCCCCACAGAGACGCUCCAGGAGCUGCUGGAGGUGCACGCAGCCUGUGAGAAGGAAGCCAUUGCAGUCUUCAUGGAGAGCUCCUUCAAGGACAAAGAUCAGGAAUUCCAGAGGAGUCUUGUGGAAGUCAUAAAGAGUAAGAAGGAGGGUUUCGUGCUGCAGAAUGAAGAGGCAUCUAUCAAAUACUGCCAGGCUAAACUUGAUAAGCUUUCCAAGGCCCUAAUGGAAAGUAUAUCAGCAGGUGCUUUCUUUGUUCCUGGAGGGCACAAACUCUACAGGAAAGCAAUGGAAAGAUUACAACAGGACUAUCGCCAAGUGCCCAGGAAAGGAGUGAAGGAAAAUGAGGUCUUCCAGAGCUUUCUGCAGUCACAGGUGGCAGUUGAGAAAUCCAUCCUGCAGGCAGAUAAAGCCCUCACUGAUGGGGAGAAGGCUGUAGCAGAGGAGCGGGCCAGGAAUGAGACAGCUGAGAAGGAACGGGAGCUGCUAAGACAGAAACUGCAAGAGCAGCAGCAGGAGAUGGAGGCGCAACAGAGGAGUCUCCAGGAAAACAUAGCCCAGCUGACAGAGAAGCUGGCAAGGGAAAGAGAAAACAUACUGAGAGAGCAGACUAUGAUGUUGGAGCAUAAGCUGAAGGCCCAGGAAGCUCUACUUAAAGAAGGAUUUAGACAGAAAUCUGAGAGUAUGAAGGAGCAGAUCAAAAGAGAGGCAAAUGAGAGGGCAAAAGACCCUUCUGAGCUAAAGGUUCAAGAGCUGCAGCAAAAGUUGGAGAACCAAAAGAGAGUUUUGGAGAGAUUAAGAGCCAGAAUGAGAAAGGAGAUAAGAGAAAGAGAGAAGACCUCAGCAGAAGAGUGGGCCAGAGGAGAGGCAACUGAGAGGGAAAAGGAACCUCUUGAACAAAAGGUUAAAGCAUCACAGUCAAAGAUGGAGGGUGACCAAAGUGUCUUCUUGAAAGGAGUUAGACUCCAAACGACAAAGAAAAUGAGAGAAAGAGAAAACCUUCUGAGAAGGAUAAACGAGAGGUUUGAGAUGUUGGAGAUCUUGGGGAUGAUAAAGGACGAGCUAGGGGAAUGCUGCAAGAAGACAGAUGAGCUCCUUUGUGACACAGCCAAGAUCUUAGCAGAAUGCCCUGAAGGAGAGCCAUCUGAGAGGGAAAAGGAGCUUCUUGAGCAAAAGUAUAAGGAGAUAAGUCAAAAGGUGGAGGACCAAAAAAAAGACUUUGAAGAAUUUGCAGGCAAAAUGAUAGAGGAAAUAGGAAAAAGACAAAAGAUUUCAGCAGAAGAGCGAGCCAAGAGAGAGGCAGCUGAGAGGGAAAAGGAGUUUCUUGAGCAAAAGGUUAAAGAGCUGCAGGAACAGCUGGAGGACCAAGAAAGGGUCUCUGAGGAAUUUAGAGUCAAAAAGACAGAGAAGCAAAGAGAAAGAGAAAAGACCUCAGCAGAAAUGCUGGUCCAAUGGAAGAUUGCUAUGUGGCAAAAGAAGCUUCUUGAGCAAAAGGUUAAAGAAUUGCAGCAAAAGAAGCUUCUUGAGCAAAAGGUUAAAGAAUUGCAGCAGAAGUUGGAGGACCAAGAAAGAACCUUCAAGAGAUUUAGUGUCAUACUCACAAAGGAGAUGAAAGAAAAAGAUGACCUUCUGAGAAAGAUGAAUGAGAGGAUUCAGAUGCUGGAGCGCUUACUGAGGUUACCAGAAAAACUAGAGGAACAGGACAUGAAGAAAGAAGAGCAGGCCAAAAGAGAGGCAACUGAAAGGGAAAAUGAGCCUCUUGCACAAAAGGUUAAAGAAUUGCAGCAAAAAUCGGAGAACCAAGAAAGAGUCUUUGAAGUAUUAAGAGUCAAAAUGACAGAGGAGUUGAAUGAAAGAAAGAAAGCCUCAACAGAAGAGCAGAUCAAAAGAGAGGCCACUGAGAGGGAAAAGGAGUCUCUUGAAAAACAGGUUGAAGAAUUGCAGCAAAAUUUGGAGGACCAAGAAAGAGUCUUCCAGAGAUUAAGAACUGAACUGACAGAGGAGAUGAGAGAAAGUGAAAAGACUUCAGCAGAAGAGCAAAUCAAAAGAGAGGCCACUGAGAGGGAAAAGGAGUCUCUUGAAAAACAGGUUGAAGAAUUGCAGCAAAAUUUGGAGGACCAAGAAAGAGUCUUCCAGAGAUUAAGAACUGAAAUGACAGAGGAGAUGAGAGAAAGUGAAAAGGCCUUAGCAGAAAAGCAGGCCAAAAGAAAGGCUGCUGAGAGGGAAAAGAAGCUUUUAGAGCAAAAGCUUAAAGAAUUGCAACAAAUGUUUGAACACGAAGAAAGAGCCUUCAAGGCAUUUAGAGUCCAAAUAACAGAAGAGGUGAGAGAAAGAGACAACUUUCUGAGAAAGAUGAAUGAGAGGAUUGAGAUGCUGGCGGGUGACUCCAAGAAUGAUUCAUGGAUCUUUGUCCUCGCAGUUCUUCUGAGCAGCAUCUUUGUCUAUAACAGCAUGAGCACCAUCAACUUGGAGCAGCUGCACUCUGUGACAGAGCUCACAGAACUCCUCCGGGCCAAGUCUUCUCCAAGACCUGAUGGAGUAGAAUAUUCCACAGAGUUUGUGAGUUUCUUUCCAGACUUUAUCUGGACUGUAGAGGAUUUUGCCCUGGAGCUAAAGUUAAAGGGUCACCCUAUCACAGAAGACCAGUAUCUGGAGAAUGCCUUGAAGCUGGUUCCAGGACUGAGGACUCUGGUUGUGAUGUAUGUGGAUACAAUCAGUAGUGGAGCUGUACCUUGUUUGGAGAAUGCAGUGACAACUCCGGCCCAGCUAGAGAACUUAGCCAUGCAGAAGGCAGCUGACCACUAUGGCGAGCAGAUGGCCCAGUGA